AGAGGCGACGCAGCGCGCGCGCGCUCUCUCUAUAAACAUUACUAACACGCGCUGAGAGAGCGAGCGUGGAGGAGACACGCGUGGGGAGAUACGUGAUGCUGCCCUCGUCCAGACCUCGACGCACCCCCGAGCUUGUCUCUCCAUGAUAUCUAAGCGGUUAGAUGAAGAAGCUCGAGGAGGUCAACGGUAUGGAGGCACCUGUUUCUCAGACGCACCCUCCACAGCAGCUCAAGAAGAAACCCGAGGACUUCAAGUUUGGGAGAAUCCUUGGAGAAGGCUCUUUCUCAACCGUGGUUCUUGCAAAAGAGCAGUCUACAGGAAAGGAAUAUGCAAUCAAGAUUCUGGAGAAGCUUCACAUCAGGAAGGAAAACAAAACACACUAUGUAAAAAGGGAGAGGGACAUCAUGUCAAACAUCGAUCAUCCCUUUUUUGUAAAGCUCUACUUCACCUUUCAGGAUGCUGAAAAAUUAUAUUUCGGACUUAGUUACGCAAAGAACGGCGAGCUGCUCCGCUACAUCCGCAAAAUAGGCUCCUUCGACGAGACCUGCACACGCUUUUACGCUGCAGAGAUAGUCUGCGCUCUCGAGUAUCUCCAUUCCAUAGGAAUUAUUCACAGGGACCUGAAACCAGAGAACAUUUUGCUCAACGAACAGAUGCACAUUCAAAUAACAGAUUUUGGGACGGCAAAGCAGUUUUCUUCAGAUAGCACUCAAACCAGAGCGAACUCAUUUGUCGGGACCGCGCAAUAUGUUUCUCCAGAACUGCUGACUGAAAAAUCAGCAUGUAAAAGUUCUGACCUCUGGGCUCUAGGCUGUAUAGUUUACCAACUGGUGGCUGGACUGCCCCCCUUCAGAGCUGCGAAUGAAUACUUGAUAUUCCAGAAGAUAAUAAAACUGGAGUAUGACUUUCCAGAGAAAUUCUUCCCCAAAGCUAAGGAUCUGGUGGAGAGGCUAUUAGUUUCGGAGCCCUCCAAGCGUCUAGGUUGUGAGGAGAUGGGAGGCUACAAUCCCCUGAGAGCCCAUGUGUUUUUUGAGAGCAUCUCCUGGGAAAACCUGCACCUGCAGACUCCUCCAAAACUCAACGCGUACCUGCCGGCCAUGGCCGAGGAUGAGGAGGAGUUCUAUGGCAAUUACGAUGACCUCCUGAGCCAGUUCAGCAGCAUGGAGGUGGUUCACUCCAGUUCCUCGCAGGCUCUCUCGGUGUCGACCACGUUGCUGCCCCAGAGAUCCACCAGCAACAUCGAGCAGUAUAUCCAUGACCUGGAUAACAACUCCUUCGAGCUGGACUUGCAGUUCUCUAGUGAGGAGAAACGGCUGCUGCUGCAGAAGCAGACCAACAGGAACCCCUGGCACCAGUUUGUUGAAAACAAUUUAAUACUAAAAAUGGGACCAGUCGACAAAAGAAAGGGCUUGUUUGCUCGUCGAAGGCAGCUCCUGCUGACGGAGGGGCCACAUCUCUACUACGUCGAUCCAGUGAAUAAAGUCCUGAAAGGAGAGAUCCCGUGGUCUCCUGAACUGCGACCGGAAGCCAAGAACUUCAAGACUUUCUUUGUGCACACGCCACACAGGACGUAUUACCUAAUGGACCCUAACGGCAAUGCGGACAAGUGGUGUAAGAAGAUCCAAGAAGUCUGGGGAAAGAUUUACCACAAUCAUCAGACUACAGACAUAUAGAGAGAGAGAGAGAGAGAGUCUUCUCCUCAAGUCAAGGCUUGUCCUCAUGAACUGAGCCUGUUAUUAGCUAAAAGCACUAAAGACAAGAACAGCAGUUUAGGAUUAAAUAAAAUGUACAUUCUGUGGUAGGCUUGUGCGAUAUCCGAUUUUCCCUGAUCAGGAUUUCCCACUUGAAAUUUGCCCAUAAACGAUUUAAAGAAGAGGAGGAACGAACACUCAGCUAGGUGAAGUGAUUCAAUCAGCCAUAACAUUACAACGCAAAAUAUUUAACCCAGAAUUGUGUAGGUUCCCCUUAAGGACGUGGCUCUGCACGGCUUCUGGGAUCCCGUGUGUGCUGUGGGUUGUCCGGUGGCAUGGGGUGUCUGCGGAUCGGACUUGUUUGGUGUAUGGUGCUAGAUUGGAUUGGGUUUGGAUGGUUGUGACUCUUUUUCCACUGGCCCUUGGGUGUGACAGAGUGUCCUGGUGCCUUUCUAUCAUGGCCAGCACUGAUUUUAUUUUUUUAUUAUUUCUUUUAAUUUUUUUUGUGCUGCAUUCAUUUUUCCAGGUGACUGGACAGGCUUUUGGUCCCGCGGGUAUGCGUGAGCCUUUGGUGCCCAUGAUCCGGUCACCAGUUUACUAAUAUAUAAUUAAUAAUCAAUGAUAGUGUGUUAAUGUUAUGGCUGAUCGGUGUAUUAUAUACAGACAUGCAAGAAGUAAAUAGGCAUCCACAGUUUUGUAAUGAAAUGAACAUCACCAUUAUGUGUCACGUGAACAUGUGACGAUUAGCUGUUAAACCAUCUCUAAUGCUUUGUUGACUUUCCUCAAGCAUCUUUAAUCCUAUAAUUCUAUUCCUAGACGUGUUGUUGCUCUUAAUGAUGGAAAGAUGGAUAGAAAUGACACCUAGGAAUGGAAAGAGAGGAUUGUUCUCAACAGAUCACGAGGCCCAGGUUGACCAGGUCAUGCCUCUGUUUUACUCUGAUUUAUAUUUUAAAUCGAAUUAUAAUUUUGUUAACACUAGAAAGAGGGAUUUGAAGAUCCUCUGGGACAAUCCAUCCUCAGAUUGACCAGCAGUCCUGUGUGCCUCUGUGAAAAUCAGACAUUCGGUUUUGAACGCAGGCUUAAAUACGGGUUUAUUUCAAUAUGCAAAGAAGGAACCAAAUAGUAGCUUUGGUAACAGUAAUUUUGGGUGUAUGUACAGUUUAUCAUAAAACUAUAGUUGUCUGCUUCUUGCAUGUUUGUACGUAUAAACAUCACAUUUACAUGUUGUUUACAAAGUGUUUGAUUCUAUGCGUUAUUUUUAUUCACAAAUUUACUUUUUAUUUAAAUUUUUUUUAAUGACACCCCUUAUAUCCUAAAUAUACUCCAGUGAUGUGAUCAUUGUUAUACAGCGGUACCUCGGCAAAUGGAAUUAAAUUCUUGCCAGAGGCGAGUUCUUAAGGUGGAAUUUCGUAUUGCAAAAUGCAUUUUCUCAUAGAAAAUAAUCCGUUCCAGCCACCCAAAAAUAUUAUCAAUGUUACCGAUUUCCAACACUAUAAUCAUACCUUUUGUAUAAAAAAAGUCAAUAUAAGAAAUAAAUAGUCAUUAAACAUCACUUAACCUUAAUUUAUGAUUCCUCUUGGCACUGGCUGGUUUAAAAAUCAAGCUAAAAGCGUCUCCCUUUUUUUCUUGCUAUCAUUUUUGUUACCCGUGGUGCUAUCGCUUUACUAAAGCUCACACAAAAUGCAACAAAAAAAAUAUGUAAACUCGCUUUGCUUGACUUUUUCCUUUCGUCCAAGUUUUGAACAGCAAAAUUUCAGUUCUAAAGGCCAAAAUUUGCAAGGCGGGACGUUCAUAUGCCGAGGUACCUCUGUAUACUUUUGUAAUAUAGUCCUAUAAAGCCCUAGUUGGACAGGAUUAUAUUUACAUGGGUUUUGGGAUACUUUCCUAUUUUACAGCUCCUUUGUGAUUUUAUCCCUAUGCUAAUUGCCCAUGUUUUUUUUUUUUUUUGUUUUUGUUUUUUUUUGUUUUUUUUUGUCCAAGCUCUUUUGAGGAAAUUACAGACGUCCAGUUUUUCACCAAACCUCUCGCAUCACAUCUAAAGAAACUUUUGAUCUUUGACUACAUCACUAAAUUGAAGCGUUUUGAUAUAAAUAUAUAUAUUUUUUUCAAAUUUGGUUUGUCCUAAAGUGAAAUAAGGGACGCAGAUCUUCUGUACGGCAGUAACUCUUUUACUGUUUUGAGCCAGGCGUGAUCAUGUGACUGCGUGACAUGAACAUCCAGGUUUGUAGAAAAUCCAACUGGUUUGAGACUUGAUCACAUGGCCAUUGGUGUUCGGACGUGAGCUUUUUAUCUAAAAGACAUUAAUAUCUUUCUGAUAAACUAAUCCAGUUCCAGUAAGGCUUUUUUUUAAUAGUUCAUAUUAGCAAACUCAAAAUAUUCUCCGUUUAACGUGACGUGUAUGAGAUGGAGGAAGUGGGCAGGGCUUUUCGAACACUUGAGCAGAACAGUUCUGAGUCUGAUAUCAGUUGUCGCAUCAAUCUAUCUCUUGAUGAGUGGUAAUACAUAACAUCAGGUCUGAUAAUAAAAUGUAAUAUUCUUCAAUUAAAUUUAUUCAAUUUAAUUGGCUGGAUUAAAUGGCAAAUUCAUAUCACAUACGGAUUGCACAAGCCUGAAAAAUCCACAGAUGUUCUUCUCAGUCUCUGUGCUCAUGAGUGUGCCGUAGCACUUUGCUCUGUCGUGUUAUAGAUUCAUAAUCUAACUUUAAUUUAAUAAGAAUAAGCCCUGGUGUACUGCUAGUUAUACAUCUGCAUAUAGCUAAAAGCUCCACCGGCCUCGGCGUGUGUUCCCUUUAAAGGCGGCAAUCAAGUUUAAGCCGGCCGUCUGGCUGUCGUUUACUAGAAUACAAGUAGACAGGUACUCGAAUCGCUUUAAGAGUCCGUGGAGGAAGAGAGGCUCCAGACGAUUGCAUUUUGCACUGAACUGUACAUAAAAGCAGUAUGAGCGUAUUUAUGAAUUUAUGAGCGCUGUAGACGUUUCUGUUGCACCUUCCUCAAAGUUCGAGGACUUUUUCAGCAGGAAAUCCAGUGCCUGUUUUUUUUUUUUUAUUUUGUUUGUGUUUAAUUUAUUCAAGUUUGAGUAUACAGGGAGUAUACUUUACAACCUGUGCCUCUCUGGUGUAUGUCGUUGUUUAUAAGUUUAGGACAGUGUUUAAGUCGGAGUGUGCGAUCAGGAGAGACUACAAAAUGAGACGCGUGGGUUUCCAUGCCACAAAAAUGAGAAAAAAAAAUGACUACUGUUUGCAAUGAAAAAAUAAGUUGCAGAAAUAAUUGCAUGCUGUUUAUGCGGAAUGGUAUCGUUCCUGCAUUUUAGUGGCAUUUUAUCCAUACUUUUGUGGUUGAUGGGGGUUUUUUGUUUGUUUAUUUGUUAGUUUGUUUGUUUUUUGGUUUACAAAUCAAAUUCAGAUUUGUACUCAUUCUUAAAAUUCAGAUAAAGGUACACUUUAUUUGCUCCACAUUCCUUUUUUUCAUAGACUUUGAUGGAUUUUUAAACAAACAUUUUUUUGUGAAAGUUUUCCUGGCUUUAAUGGAAUGCUCUUUAGCUGUAAAUAAAAUCUCUAAAUGCAAUCCUAAACACACAUUGAACUGCUGUAUCUGUCGAAAUGAACACGUGGACCCGGAUGUGGAUUUCUCCUGAUGGAUUUUCUUUGUACGUUUGAGAUUCUACCUGCUCUGUGGCCGAAUACAACUGUGAUGUAAAGAUAUUCAGGAAGUAACUUAAUGUUACAGAGAUACUGCUUUUAUAUUUUUAUUCUUCUAUAAGAUUAUUUGCUGACCGUGGUUCAGCUCGCUGUUGUUUAUGCUUUAUUUAAAGUCUAAUAUAUGAACCGUGCUGUCGGAGAUCACCUUCAGGGGCUGUGAUAUGUGUCCUGAGAUGUAAAAAAAUUAAUGUGGAGAAGAAAAAAAAAAUACUUGUAAGCUAUUAUCUUUUGCUACCUUUUCAUUUCAUUGUACAACUUUCUGUUUGGUUAUUAAAUUAAUGAUGUCGAAUUUAAAUGCUUUCUUUUUCUGGGGUUUGUGUGUUUAUUUAAAGAUAUUUUAACUAUUUCUCCAUAGAAUGCCUCGUGUGAUCACAUGACGGCGCCUGUAAUAAAAGCAUGUAUGUUUUUAUUA